AUGUCAGAUGAACCAAAGGAUUCACCAAUAGAUGGAGCAACAACAUUACACAUGGUUGUCCUUUUGAAUAAUAAGGAGAUUUGUUAUAAAUUCACUAACGAUACUCUUGUUGAAGAUAUCUUCCAUGAAGUAUGUUCUUCUAUGGAUCUACACGAGCGUGAUAUAUUUGGCCUUGCAAUGCUUUGUAAUGACGAAGGUUGGCUAUUUUUAGAACCUAGUGAGUUUAUGCACAGGAUAAUAACCAAUUAUUUCGUGACACCUGAUCAAAAGUGUUCCGCCGGUAUUUUGUCUCUACCGAUAAAUAAGUCAAUAUAUCAUUGUUCAUUACAAUCAUCAUAUCCAACUGUAUAUUUUCGCAUCCGAUUUUAUCUUCCGAUACAUUGUCUAAAUGAACGUGCAACACAACAUAUUUAUUAUUUACAACUACGAAAAAAUCAUGUUGCCUAUGAAUUAUUUUGUGAUCCAAAUGUAUAUUUACAGUUAGCAGCGUUUGCACUACAGGCUGAAUUGGGUGAUGCACCAAAAUGUUUUAAUCCAGAAUCUGAAACAUCCUAUUUUCUACCAGAACUUUAUUAUCCUAAGAAAUUUGUUAAAUCGUGUGAUAGUGUUGAACUAGCCUAUUACACUUAUAUACAUCAUUCAGCGCUUCAUAAUACUGUAACCUAUCUGGCUGAGUUUCAUUUUAUUCAUCUGGCAACAAAAUUGAACUCUGAUUUCAAUUUACAUUUAUAUCCACUUGAGAAACCUACUUACAAAUGCCGCUUCUCUGUAUGGAUUGGUAUCAGUCCACAAGGAGUUACAUUAUAUCAGGUGAUGAAAACAAACAAUUCCCAGAUUAUUGGAUUGUUCCAACUAAUCGUAUUAAAUGGAAUGAAAUUAAACGAAUUUAUUACAAUCAUCACACUGUAACUAUUCAUUUACGCUCUAAGGCCCGGAGGCGUGAUUUCAAAAUGAAAAGAACUUUAUCAGCAAGACAUUUAUUUGCUUUAAUUACUAAUAUGCAUUUCUAUCAAUCAAUAGCCGAAAUGUCUGCGACUCACUCGAACGAUUUGUUGGGGAAAAUUGAGUUAAGAUAUUCUAUAAAAUCAUCGAUUUAACAAUACAUUCCUGAAGUUAAUAAAGACUUAGCAGGUAAUUAAUCAAGAUGUACAUUAGUCGGCAACAAAGAUCAUUUGUUAUUUUAUGUCAUUACAAUGUAAUUAAAUAUUUAAUCAAAACAGAGGAAAACUUCAUGAAUAUGAGAUUACUACUCAAAUGAAGAAGGUUACGAUCUAGUACGUUUUUGUGUAUAUUUUCUUUUCUUUUGAUUUUUUUUUCAAGUCAGAUUUUGUUAAAUAUGCCCAGAUAAUAUAAAAACAAAAGAAAUAUUUAAUUAUCAUCUAGUCAAAUUACAUUUAUUUGUUGUUUAUUGAAGUUUGAAGUGAAUAUAUGAACAAAUUUGUCGUAAUUUCCACACAAAGUUGAGAAUCAAAAAUAAUUCUACAUUUGUAAUUAUUUGUGGAUUUUGUAUCAGUUAUAAACAUUUCAUAUUUACAGAUAGGUUAAAGAAAAAUAUCCAAAUAGAUGUUGAUAAAUUAUAAUAUAUGAAGGAGAUUUCCUGUGAAUUUUACCAUGAAAUUAUAAGGUUGGUGAAUGCACAUCUUUUACUUAAGACACGUGAAUCACUAGUAACGUUUUAUAAAUCCAACUUAUUGUACUUUAAAUAUUGUAAAUAAACAAAAAGCAUAAAGCAAGUACGCUAAUAAAACUGAACCUUUAAACGAAUGUACCAGUUGGUUUAACCCACCCAAUAAACGUUGUUUGUAAAUUUUGGCUAGAGAUAUAAAUAUCAUGAUGACAGUUAUGACUACUAAAGACAUUAGUUUAAGGCGAUCAUCUAAACAUCGUGAGUGUAUCCAAUCACAGCACACAUGCCAAGUUUCUUUUCCGCCAGAAAUUUGGCUUAGUGGUCUUGUAUUCAUUCCAUACUAUAUAUGCUUAAAUACAUUACCCCUCCCAACCAUUAUAGCCUACUUCUGUGUUUGCCGUCGCAAUGUCAUAACUUUCAUAUUAUAUUACAGGCCUCAUCGAUUUAUCAUAACACAAAUAUUUUUUAAUGUAUCUUUUGGUUUCUAAUUUAGUUACCCCAUAGAGAUUUUCUUAAUACUUUAUAAAUUGUAUAGCAG